GGUGACAGCUUGCUUGUCUCUUUCCCUCUCUCUUCUCAUACUUUCGCCUCAUACACAGCAUUCUUCUAGUCGCGAUUCUUUCAGCAACAACAUGGAUCACUCACACAUGGAUCACGGUCAUAUGGGCCACGACAUGCCCGGCAUGGGCGGCGACGGGCCAAAGUGCAACAUGAACAUGCUGUUUACUUGGGACACGACCGACCUCUGCAUCGUCUUCCCCUCAUGGCAUGUCUCGGGCACCGGCUCGCUUAUCUUUUGGCUCCUUGCGAUUGUCCUGAUGACGGCGGGAUACGAGGCUGUUAGAGAGAUGUCGAGAAGAUACGAAUCAUAUGUAAAGGAGACGACGGAGGGACCAAGAGGGAGAAACGCAAAAGCUGGGCGCAAUGAGCAGCAGACCAAGAUCAUCAAGGCUAUCUUGUAUGCUGUACAGGUCUUUUACUCAUUCUUCAUCAUGCUUCUCUUCAUGACGUACAACGGCUGGGUCAUGCUCGCUGUUACGGUCGGGGCUUUUGUCGGCUACUUGAUGUUCAGCCAAUCUUCCCCGACCAAGUCGGUCGCUUGUCAUUGAUGGUGACUUGGAUAAUACAUGAACCGCCUAGGUGUCAUAAAAUACUUAACAUACUAGUGUAUCAAGGCCACUAUAGUCGCCAGACCACGCCUAUCAGGUGUCUAUCCACACUGUCAAGUAUUUCAUGAUACCCCGGUGGGUUGUCGGAAACUUGCAGUUUCGGGGUAAAGGAAGCCGAAAUGCAGGGGCAAGAGCUGGACGUGCGUACAGAUCACUGUACACCUGGUGGAACCAUUUUAACCUUUUCCUGUAAUAUCCGGGGACUCGUAUCUGAUGGAUGUGGUGGACCCAAUGCGCGUCCGAGGAGGGCGUUGGUGCAUUCACGGAACGGGAAUAAACUAGAAAUAUAUCAUCAUGUUAGGA